UACACACCAACACAAACACGAGCUGUGAGAACAAGCAAAACCUCACCAAACACCAAAGUAGGAGGAUUUCCUUCGGCAGCUUAUCUCUAAGUUCUACACAAAUUUCAUCCCCUCUGAGAAGAAAUGGAUCCCAAUCUCCAAACCCUUGAAAACUCAGAAAAUGAAGAACAAAACCUACUUGCCAUUGUCCCUUCGCAAUCUCCAUUUGCCACUCUUUCGCUUUCCUUUUCUCUAUCCAAAGUCCUUCCUAACAACUCCUUUUUCCUUCAACCCAAAAUUUCCUCCCUGUUUUCUCACCAACCAAGCAAGGUUAAGGUCCCAACACAAGCCUCCUCUCUUUCCCACCUUUCUCUCUCCUCCUCCUCCGCCUCUCUAGCUCCUACCAAAAUCUCUUUUAAGUCCACCAUCUCAGCUAACCCUCUCCAAAACCCCCUCACUUUGGGCCCACACCGCCCUCUUGACCCCAACAAUGGGGCCGGAAUUCGUCGAGCUGCCAUUUGUUGGUUCCGUAACGAUUUACGUGUUCACGAUAACGAAUGUCUCAACACUGCCAAUAAUGAAAGCAUGUCAGUCUUGCCCGUUUAUUGUUUCGACCCAAGAGAUUAUGGAAAAUCCUCUUCUGGGUUUGACAAAACUGGGCCUUACCGGGCGUCAUUUUUGGUUGAAUCAGUUUCUGACCUUCGUAAGAAUUUACAGGCACGUGGGUCUGAUCUUGUGGUGAGGGUUGGGAAGCCAGAAAAUGUAUUGGUUGAGUUGGCUAAGGCUAUUGGAGCUGAUGCUGUGUAUGCACACAGAGAGGUGUCACAUGAUGAGGUUAAAUCCGAGGACAAGAUUGAGGCGGCGAUGAAGGAAGAAGGAUUUGAAGUUAAGUACUUCUGGGGAAGUACUUUGUACCAUGUUGAUGAUUUGCCUUUUAAGUUGGAAGAAAUGCCAACUAAUUAUGGUGGGUUCAGGGAGAAAGUUCAGGGUUUGGAGGUGAGGAAGACAAUUGAGGCUUUGGAUCAGAUGAAGGGCUUGCCAUCUCGUGGAGAUGUGGAGCCUGGUGAUAUUCCUUCUUUGAUGGACUUGGGGCUCAACCCAAGUGCUGCAAUAUCUCAGGAUGGAAAGCCAGCUGCCAAUUCUAUGGUGGGAGGGGAGACUGAAGCUCUGCAGAGGCUGAAAAGGUUUGCAGCUGAAUGCCAAGCACAACCACACAAGGGGAGCAAGGAUGGCAGCCAUGAUAGCAUCUAUGGUGCAAACUUCUCUUGCAAAAUAUCUCCAUGGCUAGCCAUGGGAUGCAUUUCACCCCGUUCCAUGUUUGAUGAGCUCAAGAAAACUGCUACCAGUAUAUCUGCUUCCUCAAACCGGAAUGGUGGUGGUAGUGGCUCAUCUGAUUCUGGGGGCAACUGGUUGAUGUUUGAAUUGUUGUGGAGGGAUUUCUUCAGAUUCGUUACCAAGAAAUACAGUUCUGCAAAGAAAGUGGUUGAAGCUGCUCCAGCCACAGCUUGCACGGGCGCCCUUGCUUAAACAAGUUGAGCUGUUAGGCAAAGAAGAAAUUGUUUUGGAUAUCGAUUGCUUUUAUGUUUCUCAAUGAGAAUCUAAUAUGUAGCUGUUAGCUGUUGGAGUAGGGUUAUCUAAAUUGUGUUUCCUUAUCAAAUUUGUGUAUCGCAACCAAAUAAAAGGAUUGAAUUUGGAAA